AUUUAAUCUUACAAAAACGGCUAAAUUAGCUGGUAUUGCUAUUCGUACAGCUCAUAAUUAAGCUGGGGAAUAUCCACAGAUGCUCUAUUUGAUUGAUCUUGUAUUCUUUAGGAUAUUAUUAACAGUUAUAAUACAUAUUAUGAUCUGAUAUUUGUUGAUUAGGUAAUAGGAUUAAAAAAAAAAGAAGACAGAAUAAAUCUGUAAAGACUUUGUAUGUCUCAGAAAAUCCAAAGACAAUUUUUACAGGACAAUUUAAAUGUACAUAGAACUGAUCCCCCACAAACAACUCUACACUCCUUUCUCUUUGUAGACUUACUACUAUAUCUAUAGAUCCCAAACUUAUGGUUACCGAUAUCAUUUAUCGAACGCAGCCGAUGCAUACAUACUACGUUGGCUAUCGGGUGGUAAAACUAGCAACUGUCCCUUUCAUCUCUAUUUCUAUUUUAGCCAACAUCAUGCUAUUCAAUGUUUGCUCAUAUAUUCUCGAUUAUAUCAUCAACAUUACUCUUUCCUUUUUCCUCAACAUACUACCUUACUGCAAACCAAAAAAUUCACAACAAGUCUCUGACUGGUCUCAUCAUUGGCCUAUUAUCUGCAUCAUUUUUCAAGAAAUGGAUUGUCUGAUGCUUAAUAAGUUUACUCCUGCAUCUAAUGAGCCAGGACAAGAACUGCUGAACUGGUUAACAAUCUUUCCUUUUGUCCCUUAGAAAGAUUUUUUUAGUUGCUUGGGAGGUGGGCAGUUCAGAAAAGCUUGAUUAUUAAAUUUGAUAAUAAGUUUCACUGCCCAAAAUGUUCUUAAAAAAAAAUUCCCCAGUUCUUCCAUAUUAGAAACUUCCAUGUGGUAUACGAAGUUAUGAUAAACUAAUAUUGUUCGUAGUUAAUGUUUUUUUUUAGACUACUUUUAUUAACAAUAAAUAUUAACUUGCUAUUCUAUGAUUCUGUGCUGAUAAAAGUUAGCACAGAGAUGUCCUAUUGUAAAGCUAUUUCUGUGUUAGAACAAAAUUAAUAACAGAAACAAUACAUGGAUUGGGCGAUUCAUGUAUCACCGCCAGCUCCUCGUGAUGCCUUCACGUUCGUCUUUUUAACGUGACGAAUAAGGCUGCGGCUGAUUGGCUGAUUUUUU